AUGGAACGGCUAUGCAAGUGUUACGACGGCGAUUGCUGGUACGUGCUGAAGGGCAACAAGGGUAAGCGUACAGGGGUCCCGUCGGCACGAGUCUCGUUCCUUGCGUUCACUACCCCAAAGCAGUUCCUCGAAACGGUUUGCCCGAAGAUGUUGUCUGCCGAAAAUGGCCUGGCCGAGCGAGUGCUUCUUUUCUACCACAAAAAGGAGGAGAAAGACUCGGAGGUAAUGGCCCAGCAUUGCGAAGAGCUGGAUAAUUAUCCUAUCCAGUCUCAGUAGUGCUUGAGCAAAUUUACGUAGAACAUAACAAUGUUCCAACAGAAGUACUCCCUGAGUGCAAGUGCCCGUGAGGCUUUCCUCAGAUUCGCUAAGCCUCAAGAUAUGUUGCCAAGCACACAAGGGGCCAGCGUGGAAGGAAGGAAAGGAAGCCAACUGCAACAAUUCUAA